AUGCAUGCUAAGGUGUCCGAGUCUUUAAGAGCUGUCGGAGUUGACCAAUCGUAUACUUUACUCACAGCUUCUCAUCACUACCUGCUGCAGAAUCCCAAGCUUUCAGCAUCAAAUAAGGCUCUUGUUCUGGAAGCUAUCAACAAUGUAGUAUCGGAUACGAAAAUUGUCAACGAACUGGAUGAACAACUAGUUCAUUUGAUGAUAAAUCUUGCCACGCGGGAAAUGACAAUGACCAGCAAGGAUGUCGAUACAGAUUGGGCUGAAGCCGGGAAGGAUGUUCCCGUGACCUUGGCAAAAACUCCUCGGUUUGUAACUCAUGUCUUAAACGCGCUACUGCAAAAGUUCCCUCCUGGGUUUACCACAAGUCCACACCGAAUCGAGUUGUCGAAAACUCUUCCUUGGAAUCGUAGCAUUGCCAUCUACAUUCUUGUGCACCUCAAAAAAUAUAUCAUAUCGCAUAUCAUCCAAUCGCGCUCAACUCAAAGAUUGUAUUUGAUGGCGAGAGAAUACAAAGGCAGUGCUGAACUGGAGAAGAUCCAACAGAUGCACCUCCGUCAUCAGAAAUGUCUAAAAUGUUAA